UGAUUCAUCAUUGAUAUUUUAUGAAGAAAAACAAACAAAGGAAAGAAAAUUAAACUCAGUUAAAUUUAACUGAAGAAAAUAAUAAUAUUAAAUAAUAAGAAGAAGAAUUCCAAACAGAAUCUGAAUCAAAGCUAAGAAAGAAAACAAAACAAAACGAAACGAAAAGAGAAAAGAAGAAGGUAAACAAAUAAAAAGUGUAAUAAAAUACAUUAAGAAAAGUGUAGAAUUAUCAAGUGUAACAACUGAAACAAAGUGAACAAAAUAACAAAAUAAUUUUAUUAAAAAUAAAGAACAACAACAACAUUUUGCUGUGGAUUAAAUUACAGAAAAAGUAAGAAGUAAAUCCGAAACAAACCUACAGUAUCAAACAAAUUCAAUCUACUCCUGGUUAUUUGAUAGUGACUGGCGGUGUUGUGUCCAACGUGUGUAUUGGAUUAUAAUUUUGGAUACCAACGUAGAAUUAUACUUAAAGCUACAACAAACACUCCAACAUAUUUAAGGUGUGUAUAAACUUAAGAAAAUAAUAUAAAUUUUUAAACACAGUUGAAGUGUUUCCAUCAGUCAGAAAUUUUAUUGUAUGUUGCAACAUAUGGUUAGACAUGAAUAUGAUGCCCCAUCAUUUGGCAACAGUAUAACUUUUUGCUUUUUUUAACAUUAUAGAAAAUUUCCCACAAAGUUUUCAAUUUCGUUCAGGAUAAAAUUUUCAUUUACAACUUGCCACAUUUAGGUCUUCCUCCACAUUCACCGAAAACCCAUAAAAAAACGUAAAAAGGAACAAAAACACAAAUAGAAACAACAACAACAACAAAAACAUCAAAUAAUGUGUUUAAUUGAAUUAAGUAUCUCUAGAGGAAAUGAAUGCAACUAUAAAAUAUACUACUCCAGCAAUAAGAACAACAACUACUAAGACAAGUGUUAAUGUAUUCGUGAGUGUAUGUGUUGAAUAUUAUAACAAUGAUAUUAUGCUAAUUACCAGCUGUAAAUCCUCAAACAAAUUCUGACAUUUAAAGGAGUGUCAACAACACCAACACCAAGCACAAAAAAUAAGGCAACGCAACCAGAAACAGCAAAAAGGGAACAUCAAGCAGACAAACAAGGACAUUAAUUAAUAACAAGUAAACGACACGAAUCCCAACACUACAACAUCCAGUCAACCAACGUCGAAAAAACAUUAACAUCAUCAUUGUUAAAGACAACAACGUUGACGUUGUCGUCAACAUCGACUUCGACAACAUCAUCACACAGUGCAGUACAUAGUUGGUUUUGCUUUAUAACCAUUGAACAUUCCACAGGAAUUAACAAGUUGGGUAGGAAUUUAACAAGAACAUAAAACAAACGAAAAAAGAGUAAAAUAAGAAAAGAACAACACGUACAUAACUACCACGUACAUUGGCCCAAAUUAAGGCCGUAUUACAGACAGCAGAGUGUGUGCGUAAAAAAGGCUACAACUACAAAAAUAAAAUAGCAAUUAAUGUCUGCCUAAAUAACUUCAAUUAUAUAACAACUUAAUUGCAAUCACUCAACAGCACUACGCUCUCGAAUUAAUCACCUUCAUCAUCAUCAACAACGUCAUCAUUUAGAAACUGGCCCCAAUCACGACGUCCCACUACACUAAAAAUCCAUUAUGAUUCCAACAGAAAUCAAAAGAUUAUCCUCCCCCCUCCACAGUAAAAAGAGCAACAAAAUGACAACACACUGCCUGCGCGACUGGUUAACAAAAGUUAUCUUUGCCACAAGUCUUCUCCUGCUUCUCAAUGUGCAGACAACAACUGCUAAUUCUGAUUGGAUGCAGAGUUGCAGCAUGUGUCAUUGCCACUGGAAUUCGGGCAAAAAGACGGCCGACUGUAAGAGCAGACAAAUAUCCACCAUUCCCAAUGACUUGAGCAACGAAUUGCAGGUAAUCGACCUGUCGAACAACAUGAUUCCCGAAUUAAGAAGAGAAGAAUUUAUGGAAGCGAGUCUUCAAAAUCUACACAAGAUUUUCUUAAGAAAUUGUACUAUACAGGAGCUUAAUCGAGAUGCUCUUAAGGGCCUUGCUAUUCUUAUUGAAUUGGAUUUAUCACAUAAUUUUAUCAAAGAACUACAUGUAGGCACUUUUAAUGGUCUGGUAAAACUACGUAAUCUGGUGAUGAAUAAUAAUCAAAUCGAAGUCCUGGAAAAUCAUUUAUUUGCUGAUUUACAUUUUUUAUCGCGAGUAGAAUUUAAGAACAACAAGCUAAAACGUAUUGAUAUACAUGCUUUUGGGCAACUACCAGUACUAUCAGCGGUAUAUUUGGAAUCAAAUAAUCUUACCGUAUUGAGAAGGGAGACAUUUCAGCGCACUCCUAAAUUGGUACAUUUAUCGCUAGCCUCAAAUCCUUGGAAUUGCACAUGCGAGUUGCAAGAAUUUCGUGAUUUUGCCAUAGCACAUCGACUCUACACCCCACCUACAGAUUGCAAUGAACCCAAACAUUUGAAGGGUAAAUUAUGGAAUGAAAUACCUUCGGAGAACUUUGCCUGCAUGCCCAGAAUUUUAGGUUCUGUCAGAUCCUAUGUCGAGGCUCAGUCGGACAACAUUACGUUGCCCUGCCGCAUAGAAGGUUCACCCCGACCAAAUGUUACCUGGCUGUACAAUAAACGUCCCAUAAAUCCCAACGAUCCUCGAUUUCGUAUACUCAAUUCGGUAGAACAACAACGCAGCGAAAGCACCAAUAUGCUCAACUCAGAAUUGCGUAUUUUUGGAGUACGUUCCACAGACAAAGGUUCCUACACCUGUAUAGCCGACAACCGUGGUGGCAAGGCCGAAGCUGAAUUCCUGCUACUCAUCAAUGGCGAUAAUUACAGUGCUCUGGAUGGCACCGGGGGUGCCACGACCUUUGGUGGUAUGGGCACCACCACCUCCGACAGGGAGACAAAUAUAUUACUAAUCAUUUGCCUUAUUGUUACCACCCUUUUAUUGUUGCUCAUCGUUGUUGUCCUUGUUAUUUGCUGGUAUUGUCGUCGUAUUAAAACGUAUCAGAAGGAUAGUACAAUGCUAAGUGAAAACGGUUUAAUCUCCUCAAAAUUGGACAAAACUCAUAAUGGUUCGAUGCUAGAAGGUUCCGUCAUCAUGGAAAUGCAAAAAAGCCUAUUGACAGAAGUUAAUCCCGUUGAAAAGCCGCCACGUCGUACUGAAUUGGAAAGUAUUGAUGGCGUUGGCAGUAGCGGCGAUGAUGGGCACGAGAUUAAAAAGACUUUGUUGGAUGAAACACAAUUUGGCAAUCACCACCCACGAGACGAUGAAACACAUUCUGUUGCCAUGUCAGAUACAACAACACCACGUACUCGUCACACAUACAUUGAUGAUACAUACGGUACAAGUUUGCCACCCGAUUUAUUAGCAUUUCCUGCUCGUGUGCCACCUACUUCACCAUCGAUGCAAUCGUCACAGUCAAACAUACCCGAUCAGGUAAUUUACGGCAUACGCUCGCCACCACUCACCAGUCCGGUGUAUGCUCACAUGACACCCCACGGCAUUUAUGGUACAACCACUAUUGCGGCAGCUACACCAAAUGGAUUUAUGACAUUGCAACAUCCAAAAUCACGUAAUUUAGCACUUAUUGCCGCUGCGAAUAGCAGACAGCAGCAAUCACCUUUUGUACCAGCACCAGUUGUAUACUCGCCUGCAGCAACUGCUUCGGUUGUUAUGAAACAGGGUUACAUGACAAUUCCGCGUAAACCGCGAGUACCAAGUUGGGCCCCUUCCUCCUCCAAUACGCACUCGACACAGUUGAGUGAGUUUCAAUCACCCACCUCCCCCAAUCCAAGUGAAUCGGGUACGGCAACUACGGCCGAACUAACGGUUGAACCUGUUUAUGAUAAUUUGGGAUUGCGAACAACCGCUGGCGGUAGCUCGACUCUAAAUUUGAAUAAGAGUCAUUUGCAAGAACCACCAGUACGUUACACAAUGCGUGAUCGUCCGCUGCCGGCUACACCCAGUCUCACAUCGGUCAAUUCAAAUCAAGCCCAGCAGCAACAACAACAACAGCAGCAACAUUCAAUGUAUCAGCAGCAGCAACAACAACCUCAGCAACAACAACCUCAGCAACAGCACUCAACCAACAACAUGUCGAACAAUGCGAAUAAAAUCUACGAACCCCUACACGAGCUGGUAAAUCAACUACAUCAGUCAACGACAUCCGAUACAGAGCCAUUAUAUGGAACGGCAAGACAUCAUUCUGGCCUGACCAUUGUGCCCAGCAACAACAAUGCAAGUGUUAACAACAACACCUCUUCCUCCGUUACCAACUCUCCAUCUAAUAGUGGCAACAGCAGCACAGAACCCAAGCUGACGAAAAUACCCCCACGACCACCACCGAAACCCAAAAAGAAAAUGUCCGUCACGACUACACGCAGUGGCCACGGCAGCACAAGUCAACUGUUUGACGACGAAGGUGAAGAUGGCACCGAAGUUUAGUUGAUAAUUCAUAACACAAGUGAUGCUGUUGGUGGUGACGGUGGUGGUAAUGGCUGCAAUGUACCUAAUGGUUGCUUCAUUGUUGUCGCCUCCUCCACUCCAACUUCUUGUUAGCUUGUAAAAACAAAAUGCCUUCCUUACCAAAUCGAAUAAACCGAUAAAAAAACCAAACAAGAAAACAGCAAAAAAAACAUGUUAAAUGACUUUAAAAAUAAGAAACAACAUCAUCAGUUGUUUUUCUUCCCAGCAUGAAUUUAGUGUUUCGUUUCGGCACGAUAGGAUUUUUUCUUAUUUAGUUUUCCAAAGAAGUGCACUUUAUUAACUCACCGCAACAACAACGUCGACUGAUUGACUGCAUUUUACUGCAGUAGUACGGCAAUCAUUAGAAAAUGUUUGACAACCAUCUCAGCACCAAACAUUAUUCUUCGUAACUAAGCCACCAACCAACUAACCAAGCAACCACACCACCAACACACCCAUCAAUACAAUGACCUCCACAGUUUAACUUCUUCAUACAUACAUGAAAACAUUUUAUAAUAGAGUAUACCUGCAAUAUAAUUCGCUUUUUUAUGAACAGAACUGAAAUUAUUUGGAUUUUUUUUUUAAUUUCUGCUUUUUGUAUUUUUAUUGAUUCGAUUUCACUUCUUUCCUCCUUUACCGCAAGAGCGAUCAGGCUGCUGUGCUAUUCUAUUUGAAUAUUCCAAUCAAUUGGCAAUUUAAUUCACUCUCUAUGUAUGUAUCUCCUCAGCCAUAUAAAAUAGUAUUUUGUUGUUGUUUAUUCUGCUGUUUUGUAAUUUGAUUGAGAGUGGAAAAUAAAAAUAGGAAAACUAACAGUACUAAAGGGAAAACUCACUGUUAUAUAUUGUUUUUCGAUUUUGUUUGUUUUUCGUACUGUGUCGCUGUGUUUCGACGUUAUGUUAGUAUGUAUUUGUGUGCGAGUAAGUUUUGUUGGAAAAUAUUGAAUUUUUUCUCUUUAGUUUUUCAUAUAUUUUAUCAUUAAUAAAUUUGUUUUUUUUUAUACACACCUUUCGUUGAAAUCGGUUGUAGGGCUUCUGAAAAGAAUUUAAAAGGAAGCAAAAUUAACAAUUCGAGCAAAAUUUAAUUUUUUAAAUUAAUACUAAAUCACAAAAUUAUUCUGAGCAUUAAACAUCUUUGAAGUUGAUAUUCUUUGGAAGGCGAAUCUAUAACUAGUGAACUAAGUGGCAAAUUAGGGCAAAAAAUGAAUAUUUCUUAUAUUUUUCUUUAUAUUCAUUUUUAAUAUGAUAAUUUUAUAAAAAAAUAUGGAUUUUCUCAUUCUCACUCCAUAAUUACAUGUUUGUUUCAUUAUUUGUUCCUACUGGAGUAAAUGUAAACUCUAAUGUAUAUUUAACAGCGUAAUAUCUCUUACAGUUUUUAUUAUUUCAAAUAAACUAAUAAAAACAUUUUAAAUGAUAAAUUUUUUAAUAUUGAAUUUACUACAAAAUCUGUAAACUUAGUAAAUUAUGAAUAAAAAGAACUGUAAAUGUAUUCUAACUAAAGUUUCUGUCUUUUUGACCUUCAAAAAUAUGCCACCAAAAACUAUAAAGUAAACUUUAAAAGACACAACACAUUUUUUUACAAUUUAAAAUUAUUGUUUUGUAUAUAAACAAAAUUAUGAUCUCAUUUAAAAUUAUUCUCCAACAACUACAGCAUCAACGCCUAACCUAAUGUCGAUUUAUUUGCCAGACUUGUGUGCCAAAUGACUGAUAUAGUUUUUACUGAAACAAAAAUAAAAUUAAAGUAAAAAAAACUAAUUUAUAAAAAGAAAAUGACUUAUUAAGCUGCAAUGUAAACUUUUGUAAUUAAAAUAUUGGGAAACAAAAACAAUCUAAUAUAUUGAGCAAAACGUCUACUCAAUGAUCUUCAUUAUGAACUAUAAUAAAUAAAAUAAAUUGGAAAAGUUUUUUAGUUUUUAAAAAUUAAGUUCAAAUUUAUUACAAUAUUUUAUUAGUUUUAUAUGUUUUUUUUAAUAUAUAGAUUUAGUUAGGAUCAUGUACAAAAAAUUAAAAAAAAAAACAAAAAUAUUUGACAAACAUUUGUAUAAAGGGGACAAAAGAAGAAAGAAAUAAUGAAAAAUAGAAUGCGAAAUCGAGGAAUAUAAAUUUAAUUAUAUUUACAUAUAAAAAACCUUAAAUAAACAAUGAUAUGAAAAUAUCAAAUUUGUAAUAUAGUAAAUAAUAUAUACGAACAAAAAAAAAAACAACAAAAUAAAAUUUAAAAAAAAUACUGUUAAAACUAUAAUUAUUACAAUAAAAAGUGAAAAGAACGAAAAAUAACCCAUAAGUAAUAAGCUUUUAUUAUACAAUUUACAGAUUUUUUUAUUAAAUUAAAAUUAAAGAAAAGAGAUAAAAAUAAAUAAAAUGAUUAUAGCAAAAGGCAAAGAAAAAAAAUUAUUACAGAAUUAGGAAAGAGAUAAACACAAGUUAAGAGGUUUUGUUAAUUAUUAAAAUAAUAUAUUUAGAAUAAUUAUAUUGCGCCUUUACAACAAUGUAUUACUCACCCUCCUUCCUUCUCACUUGGAAAAAUAAAACAUUACCAAUCUAUGUAUAAAUGUGUGCUUAAAUAUACGAAUGGAGGGGUGCUAUAAACACA